UUUUAUUCCCAAUUGGAGUUCCGUGUGCGUCGGGCGAAAGCGGCGGACUGUGCGCGAUAUCAAACGUGAAAUAAAUGAACAAAUUGAUAAUUAAUAAGCAACAGGAGCCGAUCUCCAUACCGAUCAGGCCCCAUCAGGUAACACUAACAACAACAACGUUGCGCCGACUAUUCCAAUGUAAUCUAAAUGUGUUUUGGUGUUGCGUGUGUGUGUGUUUAUUGUGAUCGCUUAAAAAGGAGCUGGCACUAAGGCGAACGAUAACAUUUAAAUAAUUAAAAUUAGUGUUAAUUGAAAUCGCAUUCAACAGCAGUUCAAGCCAAGUUGGAUAUUUUGAAAUUCAACAAAAAUUAAAAAAAAAAACCAAAAACAAGCGAAACCACAAAAAUAACGCGAGCUCAAUUAACGGUGCUUUUCAAGCGAUUCCCUUUUGGCAAAACUUCAGCGGAAUUAACCGAAAUCAACAACAACAAUGCGAAGACCACAAAGCGAGGCGACAAUUUGAAUAUUUGAUAACGGUAAUUCGAUCAUAUAAUCGCAGGAGCAAAAGCAAAUGCAAAACAGGCCAACAAGCAACGAGGCGAGAAAGAGAGUGAACGAGAGAAAGAGAGGGCAAGAGAAACAAUAAUAAUAAUAAUAACAACAACAAGAAAGUGUGCUGUGCAAAUUACGUAGAAAGUUAAAAGCUCGCGCAUUGAUUCCGCUAUAAACCGAAACAAUUUGCCAUCUGCGCUUUGCAAUUAUCAAAAUUCAAAUUCAAGUUUCACUCGAAGCCCGCACUAAAAACCAAACUUCGCACUAAUGCAACUCCGAGUGCAUCCGACUAUGGAUUGCAGCGGCCGUUCAAAUAACAAUAUUGAACGCGAUUCCGAUUUGGGUGACGAUUUGUCCCACGGCGAUCGAACGGAUGACGAGAUGCGCGACUGCGACUCCGUAGACGGUGAACAUCAUCAGCUGAGCGCCAAGGCGGCAAUUGCAGCUCGACUCAGUCACACAGUCGCCGGCGGCGCUGGCCUCAACUUUGCCAGUCCAGAGCAGCAAACAGAUCUGCCACUCAGCCAUCAUCACCAACUGCCGCCGAAUCAUCCGCUUAACGCUCUGGGCAGCUUCAUGGGCAUCGGCGGCCUACACAGCAUUCCAAAUCUGCAGCACAGCGAUGUGCUCGAGAAGCUCAAGAUGCAAGUGCGCGACAUGAAAGUGGGUCUCAUGGAACAGGACUAUGCGGCGGCGGCACAUGCAGCUGCCUUUGGGGCCAAUAUGCUGCCCACAACCAUAAGCUCGGCCUUUCCGCUGGCCCACAAUUCGGUGGCAGCCGCUGCGGCAGCUGCAUCCUUUGGCCAUGCGGCAAGUGCAACGGCCAGCAAUGGCGCCAGCUACAAUGGAGGCGUCGCUGCCGCCAGCGGAGGAGCUCUAGCAGCUGGCAACAAUAAUACAGGUGGCACAGGUGGAGGCAAUAGCGGCAGCAGCGCCGUUGCCAAUGCACCAGGCACUGCUGGCAACAACAACAAUAACAACAGCAGCAACAACAACAACAACAAUGCAGGCAAUGGACAUCCCUUUUCGUUUGCAUCGCCGACAGCGCCAAGCGCCAAAGAAGCGCGUCAUUUUGCAGCUAAUUCCGCAUCAAAUUCAUCGACGUCCAGCGAGGCAUCCAAUUCAUCGCAGCAGAAUAAUGGCUGGAGCUUUGAAGAGCAGUACAAACAAGUCAGACAGCUCUAUGAAAUCAAUGAUGAUCCCAAGCGCAAGGAGUUUCUCGAUGAUUUGUUUUCGUUUAUGCAAAAGCGCGGCACGCCCAUCAAUCGGCUGCCCAUCAUGGCCAAAUCGGUGCUGGAUCUGUAUGAGCUAUAUAAUCUGGUGAUAGCACGCGGCGGCCUCGUCGACGUCAUCAACAAGAAGCUCUGGCAGGAGAUUAUCAAGGGACUGCAUCUGCCGUCGAGCAUCACCAGUGCCGCGUUCACGCUGCGUACCCAAUACAUGAAGUAUUUGUACCCGUACGAGUGCGAGAAGAAGAACCUGAGCACACCGGCCGAGCUGCAGGCGGCCAUCGAUGGCAAUCGACGCGAAGGACGUCGCUCCAGCUACGGCCAAUACGAGGCAAUGCACAAUCAGAUGCCGCUGACACCCAUUUCGCGCGCUCCGCUGCCCGGUGGCAUGCAGCAGAUGUCGCCAUUGGCACUGGUCACACACGCCGCGGCGGCCAACAAUCAGCAGGCGCAGGCAGCGGCAGCAGCCGCCGCAGCGCACCGCCGACUGAUGGGCGGACCGGCGUUUGGCCAGAUGCCCAAUCUGGUGACGCAGGAGAUCGAGAAUCGCAUGAUGGAGUAUCUGCAGCUAAUACAGGCCAAGAAGGAACAGAGCGCUGGUCCUGUGCUGGCUGCCACACACAAUCACCAGCAGCAGCAGCAGCAACAGCAUCAACAGCAGCAGCAGCAACAGUCGCUGCAUCAUCAUCAGCAGCAGCAGCAACAGCAGCAGCGACAGCGCUCCCAGAGCCCAGAGCUGAGCACGCGCGAUGCGUUGAGUGCACAGGUGGCGCUUUGGCACAUGUAUCACAAUAGCAGUCCAAACGGCUCGGCGCACACCUCCCCACAGCAACGCGAAGCCUUGAACCUGUCCGAUUCGCCGCCAACUCUGAAUCUGAAUCACAUAAAACGUGAACGUGAACGCGAUCCUACGCCGGAGCCGACGGAUCAUGAUGAGGCACCGCAUCAACCGCCGCCAGCGAAACGCGUGGGCAGCGGUCUGAUGCCACCCGGUUUUCCCGCAAACUUCUACUUGAAUCCACACAACAUGGCCGCUGUGGCAGCCGCCGCUGGCUUCCAUCACCAGGCGAACAGCAACAGCCAUCAUCAUCUGCAUCAGCAGCAGCAGCAACAGGACGCAGCGUCCGACGGCGAGCCAGAGGAUGACUAUGGCAAUGCAGAGCACAAUACCACCGGCAAUUCCUCGUCUAUGCACGACGACAGCGAGCCACAGCAGCUGAAUGGCCAUCACGACGACCAUCACCACCACCAUCAUCAUCAUCAUCAUCAGAAUCAUCUGGACAAAUCGGAUGACUCGGCCAUUGAGAACUCACCCAGCACUUCCACCACAGCGUCAGCAUCGGGCGGUCAUCGUCACAGCUCGCCGGUCUCCACCAAGAAGAAGAGCGGAGCCAGCAAGGCGCAGUCCAGCCCCAAGGACACGCAGCACGACAACUGCACAGCCGGCGGCAGCAGCGCGGCCAUAAGCGGGGGAGGAGGCGUCAAGCUAAAUCCCCUCGAGACACUCAGCCUGCUGUCGGGCAUGCAGUUUCAAGUGGCACGCAAUGGCACCGGCGCAAAUGGCGAGCAGCAGUUGAUUGUCAAUCUGGAGCUGAAUGGCAUUAAGUACUCGGGCGUGCUGGUGGCCAAUACAGGCGGGUCAGAGCGUCACGACGACCCCGACCCAGACAGCGAAGCAGUUGCGCCCGCUGCAGCCCUGGAAGGAGGCGAGGAGCCAGCGCCCGAGGAGGCCAACACUGCGACUGCACACGAGAGCAGCCAGGAAGUUAGCCAGAAUGAGGCAAACGACGAGGAGACGCAGCAACAGCAGCAGCAGCCACAGCCAACUGAAGACAUUGUCAAUGGAGGCAGUGGGGGCGUGGGCGUAGGCUUAGGUGUGGGUGUGGGUGUGGGUGUGGGGUCGCUGUUAAAAGAUGCUGUAGCCAGUUCGUAAAGUGCGAGUGGUCAAGGAAACCGUAUAAAAACGAAACGAAAUAGGAAUACCAAAGUCAUAUUUUUCAGAAAAAUAAAAAACAGACACACACACGCACACACGCAGCAUAAUCCAAUGUAAAUACACACACACCACACACACACAGACAGAGAGUUAGGUUGUUGUGUGAGCAGCGAGUGUGUUAGGCUUAGCAGCGAGCAAGUGAAUGAUGUGUGUGAACUCGUUAGCCUGGCUAAGACAAAAGUGCAUCCACAUAGCAGUUACGCCCACGCGCCCAUUAUGAAACCACACACACACACAUAUAUAUAUAGUUAUAUAUGCAUAUAUACGAUAUAUCGAUUAGUAUGUUCAUUUUCCACACUUUGCAUAAAAGACAAGCUUGCGAGCAUUGUAUUUAUUUAUAGGCCCUAGUUAUAUAAGCAGCUACAACAAUAACAACAACAAGAACAACAAGAACAGCAAGAGAAGCGCAGAUAAAAGCUUAAUAAUACUUUUGAUUAGUUGUUAGGGUGCCCAAGGUUACACGCAACACAAAACCCCAGCCCCCGCCCUGGCUUAGAAGAACUCGUUUAAGAGAGCAAAAAUUCGUUUCAGCUUUGCUCUUGUUUUUUUUAAUUAUUUUAAAUUGUGUUAGGCUGCAAAGCUUGUGUACAUAUCAAUAAAUGCUAUGUAGUAGUAAAUAUCUCUCUAUAUACAUUAAUAUAUAUAUAUGUAUACCUUAUCUUUAUAUAAUUCUAAGUGAGCAUUCACACACACACACACAUUUGCAUUUUGACCAUAUAAACCAUAGACCAUAGACCGUAGUAUAUAGACAUAAAUACGAUUAUGAGCCUAAAGCAUAAAGCAUAUAGACACACACACACACACACACACACACACAUGCAUAUAAAGUAAUUAUAUUGAUAUAAAAUA